CCAUAACAGACGAAACAUGGCAGUGAAGUAUAAUAUUGUCUUGCGGCGAGCUGCUCUAUUAAAGCCACAGUCUCGCGUGGCUAUCUUCAGUGACAAGCUGAAGACUCUUCUGGUUGCCUUUUGACACCUUGGCGGAAUGCGAACGAAAUUAGGCUCGAGCGAUGUUUCUGUAGGCUACUGCGAUGGCAGAGUUUGCAAAACAAAUCCCCUCCCAAUUGAAACAAAUAAUAAUCAUGAUAUCAUUCUGCCAGGCCAGCAGAGGGCAAUACCACGUUCCCCUCCCCUCAAAUUACCCAUUGUUAGUUUCUACAUCGGUGGUCUUUAUCAAAUCUGUCAGAUUUCUCGGGUGCUGUACACCGGGUACAGAGUUUAAAAGUCUAGUUAAACAUUUAUGCAGUCACUGAUCAUGAAAAGUUCAAAGGAAGCUGUGCAGACUGCUGCCAAGGAGUUCCUCCAGUUCGUGAACAAAGGAGUGUCUCCAUACCACGUGGUUGAGGAGUGUAAGUCUCGUCUGCUGGGGGCUGGCUUCACUGAGCUGAAGGAGACUGAGCAGUGGAACAUCAAGCCUGCCAGUAAGUACUUUGUGACCCGUAACUACUCCUCCAUCAUCGCUUUUGCUGUGGGCGGACAUUUCCAGCCAGGCAAUGGCUUCACUAUGAUUGGAGCACACACAGACAGCCCCUGUCUGAGGAUUAAGCCACGGUCCAAGAAGACCAAACAGGGCUGUCUGCAGGUCGGGGUGGAGUGCUACGGAGGAGGAAUCUGGAACACCUGGUUCGACCGUGAUCUGACCAUCGCCGGUCGUGUUAUGGUCAAGACUGGAGAUAAGCUGGUCCAUCGUCUGGUUCACGUGCCCCGGCCGAUCAUGAGGAUCCCCCACCUGGCCAUCCACCUCCAGAGGGACAUCAACGACUCCUUCGGCCCCAACAAGGAGAACCACCUAGUGCCCAUCCUAGCCACUGCUGUCCAGGAGGAGUUGGAGACUGGCUGCUGUUCCACUGGGGAUGCCUGCGACGCCACCACUGUUGCAGAGAAGCACCACCCGACCCUGGUCAAGGUGCUGUGUUCAGAGCUGGACGUUCAGCCUGAGGCCCUGCUGGACUUUGAGCUGUGUCUGGCUGACACUCAGCCAGGGGCAAUUGGAGGUGUGUUUGAAGAGUUCAUCUACUCCCCCCGUCUGGACAACCUCCACAGCUGCUACUGUGCCCUACAGGCUCUGAUGGACUCCUGCAUCUCUGGAGACUCUUUGGCCACAGACCCCAACAUCAGGAUGGUGACUCUGUUUGACAAUGAAGAG